GGCAAAUACCUUAACCCUGUCGCGUCGCACCUGGUUAGGAGGACACGCUUGUAGUAUUAGAUGUUGUUAUAAUAUAACCAUAACCAUUAUAAUACCAAUGAGUCAAUAGAAAGUCCUCACCGUAGAAAACCAAACGCGUGUCUUUGUCAAAUAGAAACAAAGAGAGCAAGACAGAGAGCUGGAUUCAAAUUUCAUAUUCAAUUUUAAAUACACGCCUCUGCCUCUAUAGCCUACCAAGAACGCAGUUGAUCUGAAUGCAUAACAUAAUAUGUGAGUUUAUGCACCUUGCAGGCAAAGUUUCAAGGGAACUGCCACCAGCCAGAUCUCCGAGUAGCGGUAGGAGUAGAAGAGAAGAAAGGACGUUCACGUUUGCCGUAUUACUUUCGUAGGUGGAAGAAUUUGAUGGACGUGAUAGCCGAUUUAAUGCAGACAACUGUUCGUUAACCUGCACGGACUAUCAGAAAUGGGUCCAGCUUUGUCGAGGACAGGAGACGGAGAGACGGAGGAACAUUACAUGUGUUGCCCUGCUUAAGAACCCAGUGUGGAAGAAGAACAGAUUUCUAUUGCGCCUUAUAGUUCAACGCAUUUGUAGAAUCGCACGCCGGUCGAGUCAUGUCUUUUGAAUUCCGAAUACUGAUGUUUGGAAUCGGGACAGCCCUGGUUAUAUUUGUUAUUAUAUCUGAUAUAUCGGAAGUGGAGGAAGAAAUCGCGAACAUUGAGGAUUCACAGAGAUUUCACUUAAAAAGCUUUGUCUUUCAGUCCGACAGAAAUUCAGUCCUGAGUGCUGUCCCUACUUCUCUAGUUACCUAUAGAAAGAGCAAAGUCUCCUCUCCAAUUCCACUGCCAGGAAUAAAAAGCAAAACCCGCAAUUCAUCAUCACCUGAAUGGACUUUCAACAGAACCCUGUCUAACCUCAUCAGGAAAAACAUUUUGAGGUUCCUGGAUGCUGAGAGGGACAUCUCAAUUCUUAAGAGCACCUUUAAACCGGGAGAUGUAAUUCACUAUAUAUUUGACCGCCAGAGCACCACAAACAUCUCUGAGAACCUCUACCAACUGUUGCCGACCGUGUCCCCCAUGAAGAACCAGCAUUACAAACAAUGUGCCAUCGUAGGGAACUCUGGGAUAUUACUGAAUAGCAGCUGCGGCAGAGAGAUUGAUUCACAUGACUUUGUCAUCAGGUGCAACCUGGCUCCUGUGGAGGAGUAUUCUGCUGAUGUGGGCUUGCGCACCAGUCUGGUGACCAUGAACCCUUCUGUGGUCCAGCGUGCCUUUCAGGACCUGAACAGUGAGGAGUGGGUGCAGCGCUUCGUCCACAGGCUGCAGAGCCUCAAUGGGAGUGUGCUGUGGAUCCCUGCCUUCAUGGCUAAAGGAGGAGAGGAGCGAGUGCAGUGGGUCAUCCGCCUCAUUCUUCUGCACACCAUGAACGUCCGCACCGCCUUCCCCUCCCUGCGCCUGCUCCAUGCUGUCAGAGGGUACUGGUUGACGAAUCACGUCCAGAUCAAAAGGCCCACCACCGGACUCCUGAUGUACACCAUGGCCACACGCUUUUGUGAUGAGAUCCACCUGUACGGCUUCUGGCCUUUCGCUCAUGGCCCUGACGGCAAACCGGUCAAGUAUCACUACUACGACACUCUAACUUACCACUACACAUCUAGAGCCAGUCCGCACACAAUGCCUUUGGAAUUUCGAACCUUAAGUGCUCUUCACAGACAGGGGGCGCUGCGGCUGCACACGGGACCAUGUGAACUGCCAACAUGAGUUUUUACAGUCCCUGUCAAAAUGGUUUUAUACUCUGGACCUGCUUGGAGAAAGAAAUGCUGUGAAAAAAUCUGGAUUACCUGAAUACUCCAGGUAAAUCUCUGACCAAAUUUGAGAAUGCAAUAUAUGAACGGACUCGGAGCAAGGGUUUCUUGCGUGUUUAACCUUAAGAAGGUUUUUAAUCCCCAAGUAAGGCUCUUUUAUGUAUGUUAAGGGUGUUUUAUUUUUUCAUAUCCCAUGUUUUUUUUUUUAUUUACAUAAUUCAUUUAGAUUUCAGAUUUAGUUGUAUACCAUAUUUGGCCACAAGAUGGGAGCAUAGUUAUAAAAUGGGUCUACAGCCUUAGUCUUUUGGGACAAUUUGUGUAAAAAAGGAAAGGAAAUUCUAAAUUAGGAAUGUCAUUUAUUUGUUGCCUUUACAGUCUAUGUGUCUGUUAAGCCCACAGACGGCGUGGCUGAAUGUAGAAAGUUUUUGCAGUUUAGAGUUAGAAUUAACAUUUAAACCGUAUAAAGGGGUUUUACCACUAUGUUGCUACAGUACAUACGUUCUUUUAGACAGUACUUUGGACAAUAAUUUAGUGCCUGAAGUAGGACAAAAUGUUAUGCUGAUAAAGUUGCCUUAGAAAGACAUAGCGAGUAGUGUUGUGACCUUCAGCGUUUGCAUUAAUGAGCUGUAAUACUUGAGGAACAUGUGCACUGCAAGCGCCUGAACAUGUUUGCACAGUGAGGCAGCUAUCAGAGCCUGUGGAGCCACACACUGAGAUACUAGAGCCAAAUCCAGCACACACCCAGCUGUUCACACACUCGUGUGUACUCAAGAACGUUCAGCCGUGAAGGGACGUUGAGUAUGUAAACUUUUGAAUUUGCUAAAGCCACAUAGUAUCUGUUUUAGGAUCUCAAACAGUGUUUCUGUACAAAGGAGGGUUUUGAGAGGGUGUUUUGGAUUUCUUUUGUAUGUGACACAUAUUACAUGUUUAAGUGAAUGUAUUUGUGAUAACUUAUAAGUAAAGAAAAUACUGCUGUA